GGGGGUUCUCCCAGGGCAGUGGCUUCUGGUUUCCCUCCUGGAUCUGAGAACAGAAAUUUGUUGGCACUCAGCUCAGCGGUGGCUGAGCAGCUGGAAGAGGCAUCAGCGUCAGUGGUCCUGUGGUUUUGUUUGUGUUUUUUUAAAAUAUAUUUUUAUUGAUUUUUUUUAGAGAGAGAGGAAUAGAGAAAUAGAAACAUCGAUGAGAGGAACAUCAUUGAUUGGCUGCCUCCUACACACUCCCAACUGGGGACCCAGCCCACAACCUGGGCCUGUGCCCUGAACAGGAAUCAACCCGGCGACCUUUUGGUUCCAGGGUCAGCCGUGGAGCGAGCCCCACAGGCAGGCAGCCCUGUGGGUGUGAAGAUGGUGUUCUCUUGGCUCUUCCUGACCCCCAGUUUCCUAGAGUCACUGCAAACUCCUGAUUUCUGCCAGGACUUAACACUCAGGCCAGUGAGGCAGGAGAUACGAAGACUUCCAAAGAAGGGCCCGUUCCUUGGGUGCCGCCUCACAGAGAGAUGAAGGGGCAGCAGAAAACAGCUGAGACGGAAGAGGGGACAGUGCAGAUCCAGGAAGGUGCAGUGGCAACUGGGGAGGACCCAACCAGUGUGGCUAUUGCCAGCAUCCAGUCAUCUGCCACCUUCCCUGACCCCAACGUCAAGUACGUCUUCCGAACUGAGAAUGGGGGCCAGGUGAUGUAUAGGGUGAUCCAGGUGUCUGAAGGGCAGCUGGAUGGCCAGACCGAGGGGACUGGUGCCAUCAGUGGCUACCCUGCUACUCAGUCCAUGACCCAGGCGGUGAUCCAGGGUGCGUUCACCAGUGACGAUGCAGUUGACACAGAGGGGACGGCCGCUGAGACACACUAUGCUUACUUCCCUGGCACUGCUGUGGGCGACGGGGCGGCAGGGACCACGGCAGGGAGUGCAGCGGCUGUUGUCACCACCCAGGGCUCGGAGGCACUGCUGGGACAGGCCACCCCUCCUGGCACCGGUCAGUUCUUCGUGAUGAUGUCACCACAGGAAGUGCUGCCGGGAGGAAGCCAGCGCUCCAUUGCCCCCAGGACCCACCCUUACUCCCCAGUAAAGGGGGGAUUCUCUCCAAAGCCUGCGAUUACAUCCAGGAGCUGCGGCAGAGCAAUCACCGGUUGUCUGAGGAGCUGCAAGGGCUGGACCAACUGCAGCUGGACAACGAAGUGCUUCGCCAGCAGGUGGAAGACCUCAAGAACAAGAACCUGCUGCUCCGCGCCCAGCUGCGGCACCAUGGGGUGGAGGUGGUCAUCAAGAAUGACAGCAGCUGACUUGGGUCCCUGUGGUGGAGCGGCAGGAAGCCUGGAGCAGCAGGCUCCCCGUGCCGUUCCUUCCCUGCCCAUUUCUGGCACGAGACUGGGAGGUUCAGAGGGUGUGUCGGGCAGCAGCCUGCAGGGUGUGAAACACGGACGAACACUGGCUGACAGCCUGGUGCACACUCGGUGUCCGUGCGGAUGCUGGACACACCCAGUGGGCCUGCCUGGUGCCUGCUGAUGUGACGCCUGGCUGCCCGGGACCUGAGGCUUUCGGUCCCCCCUUCCCCAGAGCUCGGGGUGCACCUGAGGACGCCAGGGGACAGGCUUCAGCAAGACGAGGGGGAGGAGCAGUGGCCGCUGCCGCAGAAGGUUGGGCAGCAGCUGAGACUGACGCAGACGUCCAGGGAGAACCAUAGGCAGGGCCCACGUGGGCUUUGCCCCUUGUGGGGACGGUUCCCCCCUUCUUUUUCAAACAUAAAAUGUUCAGAGCCGCA